AUGUCGCGGUCGGCACUGACUCGACACGCGCUGCAAAAGUCGCUGCGUGGACAAAGCGAGCUGGACCAGUUGCCGGAAGAGACACAGCGUCGUGUUAAGCAAGACGAGCUGCCCAUUCACGGUAACGACACGACCUACAACCUCAACACGCUGUUGCAUCAGAAUAUCCUCCAAUCAGCGUAUUUCCACGAACUCUACAAGCUUAAAACGUACCAUGAAGUCGUUGACGAGAUCUACUACCGAGUGGAUCAUGCCGAGCCCUGGUCGCCCGGCACAGCACGCAUCCCGUCCAGCUGUUUCUGUCUCUUGCUCAAGUUCUUUCUCAUGCGUCUCACUGUCAAGCAGAUGCAAGGUCUGCUGCGCCAUACGGAUUCUUCCUACAUUCGCGUGAUCGGGUUCUUGUACCUUCGCUACACGUGCGACCCGGAGAAGCUCUGGACGUGGUUUGAGCCGUACUUGGAAGACGCGGAGGAAUUCAAUGCAUCGGCUAAUCCGAGCUUGAAAACCACUAUUGGCGAGUGGCUUGUGAGACUGCUGGAAGAAAACAAUUACUACGGCACGAUUCUGCCGCGUAUUCCCAAGAGAAUCGAGGACGGGAUCAAAGUCAAGCUUUUGUUGUUCUCUCGAAAGAAGGAGCGAGCUGUGGAGAACCUGGCGAUCGUCGACCGACUCAAACCUGGCACGAAAGUUCGCGCGAUGUACGCUGAUGAAGAGAAUGAACCUGCAAUGUACGACGCCAUUAUUGACUCAGUGGAAGAAGGCAAACAAUAUUGGGUAUCGUUUCCGGCUUAUGGAAAUACGGAAAAAGUCGGUCUUGGAGAUAUCGAGUUUGACAAGGGCACGCAACGCCGUCCACGCUCGCACUCUCGUUCCCGAUCUGCUGAACGUUCUCGCUCGCGAGGGCGUGAUAGAAACCGAGAUCGGGAUCGCGGUCAAGGCCGAAGUCGAGAUCGUGGCAACCGACGAAACACCGAUAGGCGCGGCGGGAGUCGCCGUGAUCGGUCAAGAUCACACGCAAGUCAUCGAUCCCGCAGCAGGUCGCGAUCUGCUUCGAGGGAUCAUCGUCGUCGCAAUCGCAGUCGUAGCCGCAGUCUCAGUCGCACGAACCUGCAGACGAGCGGUAGCGACAUCACGGGAGAUUUGCUACAGCAAGUCCGAGAGCGAGAGCGUCGUAAGGCUGAAGCUGUCGGACGUGACUACGCGUCUCGACCAGCUAGUUACAAGGGCUCGUUGUCACUCAAGCUGGAUCGAUGGACGACGAGAAAGCGGUCACGCAGUCCAGCUAAACGUGACGAAGUGGUGGUGGUUCAGCCAGGGAUGUCGAAAGGCGAUCCGUGGAGCAAGUCGCCGUCUUCUGAACAAACUCAUGAGACUGAAGAGCGUCUCAAGAAGCUUCGCGAAAUGUACGGCGAUGCAUCCUCGAAGACCAACGAUGAGUAG